GGUUAGCCAUGAUCUUUCAUAUCUGAUAGUUGUAAUAAUUGAAGAUGUAUGUAGAUUGUAGUCAAUGGGGUUACUCUCAGUCGAACUCUCCCAUACAUGCAGGCCUUGUGUAAGUUCUUAAUUUCUCAUUUUGCCAAUUGAAUACAUCAUUCUCAUUAUUCUGACAGGAGCUAAGUCAUGUGCUGCAUUUUCUUAUCAUGCUAAUGGACGAGAAUAUGGCAUUAUUUGUUUUGGAUUACCAUGUUGAAGGGAGAUGCCAUUAUUUUUUUUGGUUCAGCCUAAUUCUUUCUCAGCAUUUAUCCAUUUUGAAGGAUGGCCGACUGCUAGGACAGAAAAGCAGCAGCCUUUUGGUCAUCAUCUUCCAUCUCUUUCCCCAUUUCUAACUGACUGUGAACUUCAUGUCCCUAGUCUACCCCGGUGACUUCACACAUUUGCUGGCCAGUAAAGCAUUUGACAAUUCAUUCAGUUUGUGGGAUAUUAGAAGUAUUCCCCAUGCCUAUGAUAGAUGUGCAUAUACGGAAAGGGUGUUGGACAGGAUGAAAAGAGUGAAAACUGAAACGAAUGGAGGAGAGAAAUGGACAAGAGCGUGUAGAGAUGGGGUUACCAAAAUGGACAAUAGCACCAGAAAUAUGGCAUUUAGUGAUGAGAGAAGGGAUUGAAAAUAGAAGAAGAAGAAGAAGGUAGAAUUAAAUUUGUAUUUAUAAUCUGACGUAAUGCCCCUCUUUAUUCUCAACUGUCUCAAUUACUCUGCAUUUAUGUGUUUUAAUGGUCUUCCAAUCCAAUAUGGUUCCCUUUUUUUUCAAUGCUCGAGCUACCCAAACUCUCCCUGAAACUUAACCUUACAUCAUUAACCUUUUCUUUUUCCAUGAAUAUAACCGUUUUUUGUGUUCAUAAGCACCAUUGUUUACUGUUAUUUUACAUUUUCCUGGACAUUUUAUUUAUUCAUUUCUGUUCUUGGUUCAUCAUGGAUCUACCAUGCCAUAACUGUAUGAACAAACUUAAAUGGCUAUCUAAAUGCAGUUAUGCAGAGCUAUUAUGGUUUUUAAUGGUGUGGCUGAUUUUUGCAGGCAUUUAAACUGAAAAUUUACCGCACUGGAUUAUUUUGCCACCUUGACUGAUUAGCUGCAGUGCGCAAAUAUCAGCAUUUCACGACCAUCUGAUCAUCUGCAAUAUUAUUUGUUUGUUAAUUCUUGAGACAGGUGGACCAAAAUUGCCAUCAGUGCUCAUUCACCAGCUGCUUUCAAGUACAAGGAUUCUGCAAAUUUUGUCAAAGGUUUUAAAUCUUCUUUUAGGGAUCAGGUAACCCCAGUCACUACUGUUCUUUAAUCUUUAGAUUGUUUCAUGUAUAUCUAUGUUGAGUCUACAUCAGUGUUUAACUGCUUAUGCGGUAAUGUUGUGACUGGAUGUGAACUAAACAAAUUA